AUGACCAUAUUAAAUUUACACGAUCGUUGGAAGAAACUCAAACACGAAAGACAUUGCAGCGAAGUAUUAGAACGCCGCAUGUUGCAUCACGCCGCUAAAUUGUGUUAUUAUUGGUGGUUAUCCAAUAGUAACUUGGUGUGUCAAGUCCUUUAUCGAAUUUACCAACUCGAAUCUCAUUUUUCAAUCGUCUACAAUCAGGAUAUUAGCUUUAUAAACGAAGAACCUCAAACUGACGAUUGGCCAAUUCCGAUAGCGCACUGCAACGUAGAUUCUAAUGAAUACGCCAAGAUAAUAUAUUUCCUUCGUCACGCAAACAAUUGUAAAAUGACUAUUAAUGGCGUUAGAUUUUCGGAUAUGCCCAUCUCUUCCUUUUCUCCGCUUCCACCGUGGGUUUCCACCGUGUUGAGAGGUAAGCCGAGGUUACUUCAAUUGUUACUUCAACACGGAUCCAUGAUCGAGCCGGAUAAUAUUUUACUCAAUAAUAGCUGGAAAUACUAUUUGAAUCCUUCCCGUUAUCUUCGAUAUACUAUCUCAGUUUUGUGGACGCGCAAUGUAAAAUCUCUUCCUACAGAAUACAUUAUAAAUGAUCUACAACUUCAGAGAUCGAUACUGAUUGUUAAACUGUUACUUCGAGUUAUUCCUCAGCUACAAAGAAGAGAUUUGACGUUUAACCUUUCUAAGUACUCGCCAGGAAAGUCAUUGUGUGUCAGAAAAAGCAGUUCAUUCGUCGUCGAUUUGAGUGAACGAGGAAUUAUAUGGAAUUUGAGAGAAAGAUAUUUGGAACCGUCAGAACUUCGCCAUCUUUGUCGAUGCGUUAUCAGAAGACAUUUGAGGAAAAUGUGGAAACUUCCUCUAGGGAUUUUUGAACUUCCACUCCCGAAUUUACUACAAAAAUAUCUGAAUUUGGAACACGACUAA